AUGGAGAAAAGUCGCGAUAAUGAAGAUUUCGCAGACCAGCAAGGGAAGAAACGAAAGGCAAGCCAUUGGUCACUGGUCUCGCUAGGCUUCCCCGUUAUUGUGGGAACACUGUGUGCCAUGGCUAUCAUGUUCAACAUCUGCGCGACAGCACAGGGGUGGCAACAGACUAUCCACGCCAACGCUCAAACCGUUAAACCAAGCUUACCACAUUGGCAAGUCUACUUCGCUUGGUGUUUAUUCUUCAUUCAAUCACAAACUAAAGUGUUCAGGAAUGUCGCACUAAAAGCAUUAUCCUUGGCCCUAGCUUCUACUGCGUAUAUACUUUAUCUACUGGAAAUGGCUUUCCACUACACCUCGCGAAGUGGAUUCACCAUAGCAGUGUUUGGCUGGCUCGCCUCAGCGAUCAUCCUGCUAAGCCUUAUAGGGAUAGAAGUUCAACAGCAUCGAAACAUCAGAAGUGAACAGCCAUUGGAGUAUACACAGAACUUUUACGCCGGUAUUUUCGCUGCAAGCCUCUACUGUUUAAUUGCAAUCCUACUAGCAGCGUACAUGGCCAGUUCAAGUUCGCUCCACUUGAGUCCCACGGACAGGCGAACGGUCGAAUGCUCAAGCAUCAUCCAUCGGGUCAUCACUUUUACCAUCAUUCUUCUCGGUGGUGCUGGGAUUUAUAGCACCAUUGAGGGUUGGUCUUUGAUGGAUGCACUGUACUUCACAGACUACACCGUUCUUACCAUUGGUAUUGGAAACAUCACUCCCCAGACGCAUCUAGGGCGCUCACUUCUCUUUCCAUAUGCCACCGCCGGAAUAAUCAGUCUAGGUUUUGUCAUUUCGGGUGUAGCAUCAUUCACCAACCAAGUGAAGAAUUUAAAACUGAGAUAUGCAAUUCUCGAGGCACGGCGUACCUUCCGAACUCAGGACACAGAGAUAUCUAUGGCUGAAGAGGAAGCUCAAAGCACUGUUCCAGUCCCUUCAAAGUUCCCUGAAAGAGAUGAAGUGCUCGAGCUUCACCGAAUCAAGUCAAAAUUCUACCGCAGGAGACGUUGGCAAGAUUUAAUAUUCUUUUCUGUGGCAUGGUUCAUCUUGUGGCUGAUUAGUGCGGAGAUUUUUCAUCGAUCCGAGAAAAGUGAACACUGGACCUAUUUCACGGCGCUUUACUUUACAUACACUUCCCUCACGACAAUUGGCUAUGGGGACUACCAUCCGACAAGCAACUUCGGAAAGGCUUUUUUUGUCUUUUGGUCCCUACUUGCUCUUCCCAUAUUAACAAAUCUUGUCACCACCAUGGGUGAAGUCCUCCAUAGAAGGGUAGUACAGCGGUGCUUCCCCAUGAUUAACCGGUUUUCUAAACCUGGCGGCAUGGCUGACGUUGCGGGGAUGCCCAUAGAUGUUAAGUUCGCACAAAUCCGCACGGUAGAUACUCAUCGCAGGGUCGAAGAAACAUUGGAUGGUGCGCAAGGCGUCAUCUGGCUGGCGCACCAACUCGCGAUAAUCCUCAUGGUAGACAUGAAAUAUAUCGAGCCCGAAAAGCCCCUCACGCGAUACUCAUUCGACGGUCUGCUGGCUUGGGAGCUAUGCAGCUGGAUCUUCACGGACAUUCACUCUGGUCUGUCCGUGUUUCAGCUCAUGUCCAACGGGCACAUUGCCAAGCUGACUCGGCAGACUUCUGUGAAGAGCAAAUGA